AGUCUCUCGUCGAGCGGCGACUGCACAACAUCUCAUUUGUUGGUGCUUGCGAAACAACAAACAAUGGCAGCGCAGACUAUUGGAACCAUUCCAGAGUUCAUCGUCAACUGUGACGAUUGGAAUGUGUACUACGAGCGGUUGGAGCAGUUUUUCGAGGUCAACGAAAUAGCGGAUGAAAAGCGGAGCGCGUUUCUUAUCAGCUGCAUCGGUAGUCACGCGUACAAGAGCCUUCGUGACCUGUGCCAUCCCACCCUGCCGAAAGACCGUCCUUUCGAGGAGCUCUGUGAACUCCUCCGCAAGCAGUUCAGCCCGCAGGUGGCCAUUUUCCGCGAGAGGACACACUUUUACAACGCGACACAAAACGUCGGCGAGAACGUGACCCAGUGGUAUGGGCGGCUGAAGAAGCUCUCCGUGGAUUGUAAGUUCGGCUCGAACUUGGAGGCAGUUCUGCUGGACAAGUUCAUCACCGGGUUGCGGCCGGGACAGGUGCUGGAUCGAUUGUGCGAGGAAAAUGAAACGCUGAAGCUCGAGCAGGCACUCGACAUCGCCGUCAACAAGGAGUGUGCCGUGCGAGAAACGGGCUAUCAAGUUCCGGCGUACUGUGGUGUUGCUGGCGAAAGCUAUCCCGUGGCCAGAGGAUGCUGCACAUGUGGAGGGGCACCAAAGCCGGCCCAGAGUGAAGACGGUUCCAUCUGCGAUGAAGGAGGUGCCGGCGGACGAGGCCAAGGCCGCACUCGUAACAGAAGGCGAAAUGCAGCGGCUCGUCGCAAUGCCGCUAAAAAUGCCGAUGGAUCAGAAGCCGGAGAUUAAGUUCUACCUCAGGAUUAAAGUAUGUUCGUGUACUUUUCGGUCAUUAGCGUAACAAGGCUGUGGUUGAGUAAUGUUAGGAAUUGCUUAAAACUUAUUUUAACAUAUUAAAAUUGAAUAAAUGCCAGGCAUUUGUGCAAACGACAAGGAAUACAAUAAAGAUGUAUGCACAGGAGCAGUAUUUUUGCUCGUAUUGAAAUUAAA